AAAUUUGUCUUUUUUUCGGUUGAUUUAAUUUGUUAUCAUCUUUAAUUAAUUAUUACUUGAUUAGUAAUUUAUCCUAAUUAUUGUUGGAAUUAUUUUUUGUUUUCAUUUUACGUGGUUAACGACUUGGUACCAAGUGUUUAGUAAUGGCGACCCGUGGAGGUGUCCAAAGAGUGAAUGGAUCUACACAAGGAAAGAUCUUUCAAUAUAAAUUGGUACUUCUGGGAGAAUCUGCUGUUGGUAAAUCAAGCUUAGUAUUACGUUUUGUUAAGGGUCAAUUCCAUGAGUAUCAAGAAAGCACCAUUGGAGCGGCAUUCCUAACACAAACCUUAUGUCUGGAUGAUACAACUGUCAAAUUUGAGAUCUGGGACACUGCUGGUCAAGAAAGGUACCAAAGCUUAGCUCCUAUGUAUUAUAGAGGUGCACAGGCAGCUAUCGUUGUCUACGACAUAACAAAUCAGGAUACAUUCAACCGAGCAAAGACGUGGGUUAAGGAACUGCAACGUCAAGCAAGCCCCAAUAUCGUGAUAGCGUUGGCUGGUAACAAGUCUGAUUUGGCUAGAAAGCGAGCCGUUGAGAUGGAACAAGCUCAGGUCUAUGCUGAAGAAAACAAUCUUCUCUUUAUGGAAACAUCAGCCAAAACAGCUAUGAAUGUGAAUGAAAUCUUUUUGGAAAUUGCUAAAAAGCUUCCAAAGAGUGAUCAAAGCAGUGCCGGAGGUGGACCAGGUUCAGGUAGACCUGGUGUUGAUUUGACUCAAUCCAAUCAAAAUACAAGCAGUGGAUGUUGCAAAUCCUAAGUGAAUACCCAACAACAACAACAAAAUCAAAUAACAAAAAUAUCCUUUAUAUUAUCUCCUUCAUUAAAAAAAAGACCAUUUAGAGAGAAACAGACCACAACAACAAACAAACUUCACGCCACCAACAACAUCAUCAACAAAUCAACAACUAUUACUACUACUAUUAUUUCUAUUGAUACAUCAACUUUAAAAACACCACCACCAACAACAAGAGUGAAGAUAUUGUAACCAGGUUAUACAUAUAAAAAAAAUUCUGAAAAAGAAAAGGUAAAAACGAGAGAGAGAGAGAGAGAAGAGAGGAACAAAAAAUUGGGGAAGAGAAAAGUGUGAGAGUGAAAAAUGAUUGAAUGAAAGAGCGAAAUAGAACCAAAACAACCAAACCGAAUGAUCCUUAUAUACUACAUUCAUAAAACAAAAAUCCAUGUUAAUAUAAAUAAAACUAAUUAAGGUAAAAAAAAUUAAAUUGUUUUGGGCUCGUAUUAUUUACCUUAAAACAAAAUUGUAUAAAAAAAUAAAAGGUUCAAUGUAUGGAUAAUUGGUCUCAAUUAAA